AUGAAGUCAAUGCGAGGCAAGAAUCACAAUAAAAUCCCAACACUAAUCCCUGACUCAAGAGCAGAUGACAAUUUCACAUAUAUCUCACUGUGGAAACCAUAUCCAUAUGUUGAUAUUUCAGGAAUCAAAUUUACUCCACUUCAGACAAAAGCAUGCUCUCCGACUUCAGUAUCUCCUGCCGUUGGAAUAUCCAGAAUUAUAACAACUAAAACAGAACUCCAAAUCAUUUACCACAAACAUUCAUUCACCACAUGGUGUUACCUUAUUCCACGUGAUCGAUUUAACAUCAUUAUUAGAAAACCACUACUGCGUCGCCUUCAAUACAGAUCAACUGAAACUGCUGAAAUGAUAACUAUACAUAACAUUGACAUUAAUUUAAACCAAAUUGAAUACAUUACAACAAAACAAUCAAUAUAUACCAUUGCAAAGUUGAAAAAUAUUCAAUGGUUUCAAGGUCUCGUUGAAUAG